AGAUGGCAGUGCUGGAGAGGAGUAGCUGUCGCUACGACACUGCCACGACGUUCUACGACUGUGGGUCGGCGGCUAACCUGUCGGGCGACCACCUCCCGAUCCCCGCCUCACCUCUGGACGACUCGGACGAACAAGUGGAGCACGUCCUGGCGCCCGGUGCCUUCCACUCCCCGCGCCGCUGCCUCCUCUGGGCAUGUAAGGCCUGUAAGAGGAAAUCCGUGACCGUAGACCGGCGGAAAGCCGCGACUAUGAGAGAGAGACGCCGGCUGAGGAAAGUGAACGAAGCGUUCGAGGUUCUGAAGAGGAGAACAUGCACGAAUCCCAACCAGAGGCUGCCCAAAGUGGAGAUCUUACGGAACGCCAUCACGUACAUAGAGAGUCUGGAGAACUUGUUACGCGGAGCGAAGGAGAACCACAAGAAGGGAAACAACAACAACAGACGACACGCGGAGGACGACAGCGACGGGGCGAGCACAGGGUCGUGUUCGGAAGGGAUGUCCGACCACAGUCCUGACGCCUUCUGUGUGGAGACGUUACAUCACUUCGGAGACAGGUGUGACGUCAAACAUACAGGCAGCAACGCUUACAAAGCCAGCAAGGUGUCCAGUUUAGACUGCCUGUCUCUCAUCGUUCAGAGCAUUUCCACCACUGCCCAUGCGCAGACGGCGGCCACGUUAGAUUCCCUGCCAGAGGAGAACAGUGACGUCACGUCCAACUCUCGCGAGGACAACUCUCGUGAGAUUUCAAGAACCAAGCCACAGUGAAACGUCACGAGAUAUUGACCCUAUAUUUCCAGCUAGUAUCAUUAUAUAUUUGCAAACAUUUUCAUGUACUGUAUGUGAUA